CCUCCUUCUUCCUCCUUCGCCUCAGGUUCUUCUCCUCAGCCGCCGGGGGCUUUGGAAGCGAGAAGGUGGGCUGCCUGAGGGUAGAAGAAAUUGAUUGUUCCAUUGGCCUUGAGGAAGAAGAUACAAGCAAAAAGGUGAUGAAUGAGGUCAUUCGUAUCCACACGUGGCCCUGCUCCUAUUACAUCAACUCUGAGAAACGAUGGAUUUCUGGCAAACUCUGCCUGACACCCAUUUCGGUCAGAUUUACAGCUGACAAAUCUGGAGAGCUCCUGGCUGACUUCCAUCUCUCUGGCAUCAGUGAGAUCAAGAAGGAAUCUUCCAACUUCAUCUUCAGUUCCCUCACUAUUUUGGAAAAGAGCACCAAGCACUGGUUCAGUUCCCUUCAGCCCAACCGAAAUGUUGUUUUCAAUAUCCUUGAGCACUUUUGGAGGGAACAGCUGUUCUCCUCGGAGGGGGCUGCAGCUGAGGCCAUUUACCCCCAAACAUCCAAGGGGCAGGAGCUGACCGGCUUGCUGGCAGGAUCUCAGAAACGGCUAGAAGACACUGCAAAGGUGCUUGAGCACCAGGGGGAACAGUUUGAUAACAUCAUGAAGGGGCUGGAUAAGAUUGAAUCGGAGAUGGAUGUAGCAGACAGGUUAUUGUCAGAACUGGAAUCUCCCGCUUGGUGGCCAUUUGGUAGCAAACUGUUGAAGGGGCCAUUAAACGUAAAGCCAAAGGAAAUCCCUGCCAUUUCUGAUUCUGGAAACAAGGAUGGAGUAAUAUUGCGAAUCCCUGUUAUUAUCACUGAAAGGACAGAUUCCAAUGUCAAGCCAGGCAAACUCGCCCUCCUGGCUUCUGGCCUGGAGAUCAGCGAUUCCAACUCUCAACUCCUUCACUGGUUUGACAAGAAGGAUGUUGAUGAUGUCAAAGUUCAUACACCAUAUGAAAUAAGCGUCCGCCAGAGGUUCAUUGGGAAACCAGACAUCAGCUAUCGGCUGCUGUCAGCAAAGAUGCCGGAAGCCAUCCCCAUCUUAGAGAUGCAGUUCAGCAAGAAAGUACAGUUCAUGGAAGAUGCUUUGGCAUUUGCUGGGGCAAGGAAGACUCAUCAGGAAGAUGUUGGUGCUUCCAUUUGGCAAGCAGCAACAGGACUGAUAGGAAACAUAGUGCAAGCUGGACCAACACCCUCCUCCUCGCGAGGAGCAGGAGGAAGCCAGCAGGCUCAGAUACAGAAGCAACAGCAGGUGGUUUCAGAGUCUGAAACUCAGGAACUCAAACAGAUUCUCCGGAAACUCAAGAGCCUGGCCCUGGAAACGGAGACAGAACUGGAAAGGCAGGACGAAGCCCUUGAUGGCAUCACUUCUUCUGUGGAUCGAGCCACCAUGAAUAUUGACAAACAAAACCGCAGAAUGAAGAAACUGACGUAGCAGCCCUGAGAAGCUGGUUGCAGAGAUUGCAGCUUGGAGCUCAAGCCAUAAGAUCUCCAAUGUUUGUGUUAGCUGACUGAAUUCCCAAGAGGGCUUAGGACUGGAAGAAGAAAAUGCUGAGCAGUGGAGGUGAUUUUGAUAAGCCCCUUCAAAAUGGCAGUGAAGUUCUGCUAAAGUGUGAAGAGCUUAAUCUCUGCUGCUGGAAUCGGGCGGGCAGUAUCCUGAUUUGUGGCAGAUUUGAGAAUACUCCCUUGCAUGCUCAAUGACUUUUUGAAAGAAAACUGUACUGUGCUUCAAGGGAAUGAAUAGAAUACAGCAGUGUGUUGGGGAGAAUCCUGAAGUCCACUCAUGGUAAUGUAGGCAAAGCGUGAUUUGCAAAUGAUGCAUUUUAUGACUGACAAUAAUUGAUAAUUUAGAAUAGCACAUUUAGUUGCAGUGUCUUCACUUAUUCAGCCAUAAGGGAACUGACUUGCCUUGGCAGCAUGUGAUCAAUGAAUCACUAUACCUGCUGGAUUGGGCCCGAUAUUUAUUAAUUUAUUUAUUUAUCUAUCACAUU